CGUCGGUUCCUUUGUUGCUCUUUUGUUCUCAGCUGCAGCCCCCGUCUUCCUUCCCUUCCACUCCAAAUAGGUGUCAAGCUCGUAGAAGGUGACAUCUCUGGUUGCCGUCACCUUGCCUGUCUCCACAUCCCUUAUAAUCCAACCUUUGCUCUCUGGGCAGAUUCCCAAGUAGAUUCCCCACUUGGUUCGAGGUAGGAGCUUGUGGUCGGGUCCCGCCGGCUCCCGGUACUGCACUAUGCAACCCCAUAUACGUAAGAACUCCAGGUUUGGCUUGCGCUUGUAGAACGCCUCGUGGGGUGUGAUGUCGGCUACAAGUCCCUUAGUCGGUAGUCGAUUUUUCAGCCAACAUGCCAUGCCGAGUGCGUCACCCCAAUAGUGUAGAGGCAGUCCGCUAUCUGCCAGCAUGCUUCUUACACUUUCCAGUAGAGAUCGGUUCACCCGCUCUGCUAUGCUGUUGUGUUGAGGAGUGUGCGGCACCGUUAGUUGCCGCCGAAUGCCCUUUGACUUCAAGUAGCUCUUGAACUCUUGAUUGAUGAACUCGCCACCAUUGUCGGUCCUUAGUACUUUUAGUUUCCUUCCGCUUUGCCUUUCCGCUUCAGCCUUCCAGUCGAGGAAGCUCGCGAACACUUCAGAUUUGUUCUUGAUCUCCGUCACCCAUGUAUGUCGUGUGCCAAGCAAGGCAUGUAGAUCUUGCACCAUCUUUCUGCUUUUCAAGUAGCUUCAUCUCGUACAGCCCUUGCUUGCGUGCGCCUUCCGCUAGCACCUUCCAGUCAGGGCCGAACACCCAUAGGCGCCCCUUGUCACUGUAGGUCUUGCAUCCGCUGUUGUCCAGCUGUGAUUGACUGAGUAGAUUCAGAGUCAAUCGGUCCACCAGCAACACGUUGUCCAACUUUAACUCUCCAUAUGCCCCUUGUAACACCAUAUCUCCUUCCCCUUUCACUGGAAGCUGCCCUUCAUCUCCCAGCAGCACAUAUGGGACCGUAGAAGCUCUGAAAUCUUGCAGCCAACCUUCUUGAUUGGUCAUGUGUUGGGUACAUCCACUGUCCAUGUACCACUCCUGUCCCUUCAGCCCUGUUGCUAGCAGGCACGCUCCAGAAGCACGUGCAACAUUGGCCUUGUGUGCACCUCCAAGAAUCACGUCUUCAUCGCCGUUGUUCGCCUCUGCAACGUUGGCUUUCGCAGGUGAAUGAGAUGUGCAGGUUUGUCACUGCUGGAAUUUUCAGCCAUGACAUCCUUGCGUUCAUCAUCCGCUCGGAUCAGCUCCAACUGCUGCAAGUCAUCCAAGAGGUGGAGGACCAUCUUCCUCCGUCGCUGCCGAAGGGUGGUCGAGAUGCCACAGCCCCACCUCCCUUGCGCGCCUCAUGAACUUCAGCCUCCAAGUGCCGUAGUUCGCUCCAUUGAAGCGUUGCGCUUCACUCAGGCCGAUCGUCGGUUUGGCCACCACAUGCCCUCGAGCAAGAGCAUCCAGGAACCUCUGCAUUGGAGAGCUGCCAGGGUUCACGGAUGACCCUGAACUAGCCUCAGCAUCUCCAUUCCCCAUGGCUCCAACUCUCCCUUUGCCUCUGCAAGGCACUUAGACUUCCACAGCUCCAACGCCCUUAUAGUGAGGCGUAAUGUGACUAUAACGAGGCUCUGAUACCAGCUAUAGGAUUGCAAGCGCCUCCGGCUGACGGUUGAGAGACUUAGUUGACGUAGAAAGUUUUAGCAGUUUCUAGGGGAGAAUUUGCACUGAAAAUGAGUUGUGUUUGAACAAGAAACAAACAAGCAUUUAUAAGCAGGCAGAAAGCUUG